AGCAUCUCAUUGAGAGUUUACCUUUAUCUAGUUCUAGAUAGAGAGAGAAAAAUCAAAAGAGAGAGAAACAAGAAAGAGGAAGCGAAAGAAGGAAGGGAAGGAGAUCAUGGACGUGUUUGCUCAUCAUCUUUGACCAUCUCCUUCCUUUCUUUCACAUUAAUUAAUUUCCUUUGUCUCCCAAAACCCUCCUUUAAAUUCACUCUCUCACACCAUUCUUCAUUUCUUCACCUUAUUAUUAUUAUUAUAGAUCUUGAAAUCGAAAAUAUUAAUAAAAAUAAUUCUCCAUAAACAACAGGAUCUUAAUUAGAUGGGAAAUUGUUGUACGACUCCAUCCGUUAUUACGAACAAGAAACAAAAGGAAAAGCCCAGAAAGGAUGGGCCGAAGAACAACAAGAAGCACAACAACAAAAACAAAAAACUGGUAGUAUUAAAGGAGCCCACGGGCCGAGAGAUUGGGCUUAAAUAUGAUUUAGGGAGGGAACUAGGGAGAGGAGAAUUUGGAAUAACGUAUCUAUGCAAAGACAAAGAAACGGGAGAGGAAUUAGCGUGCAAGUCGAUUUCGAAGAGUAAACUUAGAACAACGAUUGAUAUUGAAGAUGUUAGAAGAGAGGUUGCGAUUAUGAGACACAUGCCUAAGCAUCCCAACAUUGUGUCGUUGAAGGAUACGUAUGAAGACGACGAUGCCGUUCAUCUUGUUAUGGAACUUUGUGAAGGUGGUGAGCUUUUUGAUCGGAUUGUUGCAAAAGGACAUUAUACCGAACGCGCCGCUGCUUCCGUCGUUAAAACCACCGUUCAAGUUGUUCAGAUAUGCCACAAACAUGGAGUUAUACAUCGGGAUCUCAAACCCGAGAACUUUUUGUUUGCAGACAAGAAGGAAACAUCACCCUUGAAAGCUAUUGACUUUGGUUUGUCAAUUUUCUUUAAACCAGGUGAUAAAUUUAAUGAGAUAGUUGGAAGUCCAUAUUACAUGGCCCCUGAAGUAUUAAAGAGAAAUUAUGGCCCUGAAGUUGAUAUAUGGAGUGCUGGAGUAAUUCUUUACAUCUUACUUUGUGGUGUUCCUCCCUUUUGGGCAGAAACUGAGCAAGGAGUUGCUCAAGCAAUUAUACGAUCUGUUAUUGACUUUAAAAGGGAGCCAUGGCCAAACGUAUCUGAUAAUGCAAAAGACCUUGUUAAGAAGAUGCUUGAUCCGGACCCAAAGCGCCGGCUUACUGCUCAGGAAGUGUUAGAUCAUCCAUGGUUACAGAAUGCAAAGACAGCCCCUAAUGUUUCAUUAGGAGAAACCGUCAGAGCAAGGCUCAUGCAAUUUUCUGUAAUGAACAAACUUAAGAAAACAGCAUUGAGGGUUAUUGCAGACCAUUUGUCUAUAGAAGAAGUGGCUGGAAUAAAAGAGGGAUUCCAGCUGAUGGAUACAGAAAACAAAGGCAAAAUUGACAUUGACGAACUACGAGUAGGGUUGCAUAAACUAGGCCACCAAAUUCCUGAUGGAGACGUCCAAAUACUUAUGGAAGCUGGUGAUGUAGACAAAGAUGGUUACCUAGAUUAUGGAGAGUUUGUAGCCAUAUCUAUUCAUCUUAGAAAGAUAUCACAUGACGAACACCUUCUCAGAGCUUUCCAAUUUUUUGAUAAAAAUCAAUCCGGGUUUAUUGAACUUGAGGAGUUACGUAAUGCCUUAGCUGAUGAGGUUGACACAAACAGUGAAGAAGUCAUUAAUGCAAUUAUGCAUGAUGUGGACACAAAUAAGGAUGGAAGCAUAAGUUAUGAGGAAUUUGCUGCAAUGAUGAAGGCUGGAACAGAUUGGAGAAAAGCAUCAAGACAAUUUUCACGAGAGAGGUUUACCAAUCUAAGUCUGAAACUGAUGAAGGAGGGGUCAUUAGCAGUGAAAAAUGAGGGUAGAUGAAUUUUAGAAAAUGCCUAAUUUUACUCCUUGAAAGGCAAAUAUGACAGAUGAAGUUGUCAUCAUUUUUCUGUUUCCUUCAUUAUAAUUCUUUUUUCUAAUUUUUCUCAUAUGCUUCUGACCGAGUUAACAUCCUCUCCAUUUCUCAUCUUCUCCUUAAAUACACCCCAAAAAACCUGAAAACUUUAGAAAUAGAGAGGAGAAAUGGUGAGUGACAAUAGAGAGGAUCUUGACUCUAACCCUCCUCACCCCAAUUUUUGGGAUGAAAUAGGAUAUAAGUCUGAGUGUUUGGGUAGCUAUUGGGAGCACCAAACUCAGUUUAUACAGAAGCAACGAUACACAUCCUUUUGGUGCCAACUGAGCAGUGAUGUCUGUAUGAUUUGUUGUUUCUUUUUAUUUAUUUAUUUACUUUUCUCCAUUUUUGUUUGAUGAGGGCAAUGUUGGAGAAAAUGUUAGGAUGGAGGUUUGUACAAGUCAUUAUAUUGUGUGACUGUAAAUAUUUCUAAUAUCCAUGCCUACAUUGAUAUUAUAUUAAUCAUUUGGCACUUUUAGCCGAAUAUAUAUACAUAUUUGUUGUCUAA